GCAGUGGUAAAUAACUUGCAUGAUGCACAUGAAUUGAUUGAUACUGCAAUUUCAACUGCUUUGAAGGAGAGCAAGCCAGCUUACAUUAGCAUAAGCUGCAAUUUGCCUGGACUUCCUCACCCUACCUUUGCUAGAGAACCGGUUCCAUUCUUUCUUUCUCCAAAGGCCAGCAAUCAACUAGGAUUAGAAGCAGCAGUUGAAGCAGCAGCUGAGUUCUUGAACAAGUCUGUAAAACCAGUUAUUGUGGGAGGUCCAAAAGUAAGAGUGGCAAAAGCACAACAGGCUUUUGUGGAACUUGCUGAUGCCUGUGGCUACCCAAUAGCAGUAAUGCCAUCUGGCAAGGGACUGGUGCCAGAGCACCACUCUAAUUUCAUUGGUACUUACUGGGGAGCAGUGAGCUCUAGUUUCUGUGGGGAGAUUGUUGAAUCUGCGGAUGCUUAUGUCUUUGUUGGCCCUAUCUUCAAUGACUACAGCUCUGUUGGAUACUCGUUGCUGAUUAAAAAGGAGAAGUUGAUCGUUGUUGAACCUAAUCGUGUGACUAUUGGGAAUGGCCCCUCCUUUGGUUGGGUUUUCAUGACUGAUUUCUUGAGUGCAUUGGCCAAAAAGCUGAAGAACAACAGCACUGCUUUGGAGAAUCACCAUCGAAUUUAUGUCCCUCCAG